AUGGUGAUCAAGUGUAAACGUUCAUGUGGGUUUUGGAUGGUAAUGAUAAUAAUAAUUAUUAGUCAUGCAUAUUUGAUAAUAUUGGCGGAUGAUCAUCUUGAUGGUGGUGGUGGUUGCAUUGAGGAGGAGGAAAGAAAAUCUCUCCUGGAAUUCAAAGCUGCUUGGCUGCAGGCAGCAGCAGCAAGAGGAUUGAACUCCUUCUUAACUUCAUGGGUAGAUCAUCAUCAUGACUGUUGUGAUGGCAGCUGGGAAGGGGUUACUUGUGAUUCCGUCACUGGCCACGUCUUACAACUCUCGUUGGGUGCCAUUCUCUCCCGAGGAUCAGAUUUAAACUCUACUGGGAGGAGUAUGGAAGCAAUUGGAACAGGGAUUCAAAAGUUGUCAACUCUAAAGCAGUUGGAGUAUCUCCUUAUAUACAAUAAUCAACUUCAUGCUAGUGUUUUGUCAUCUUUGAGUACACUUAAAUCUCUCAAGAUUAUUGAUCUAUCUGGAAAUCAUUUAUUCAAUGAUGGUUUUUCAUCUCAAGAAUGUGAACCUUUGUUGAAAUUAAAGAAAUUAGAAGAGUUAUAUCUUUCAGACAAUAUCAAUGAUAUCCCUUCAUCGUACGAGCAUAAGAAAAUAAAUGUGUCUUGUUUGGGUUCGUUGUCAUCCCUAAGGAAACUUUCUCUAAGUGAGAAUUAUUUCAUGGAUGAUCAUAAUUUUUUUAAUGAAGUGCUGGAAUCACUACAACAAAUAGAGGAGUUGGAUCUAGCAUAUUGUAACUUAACCAGCGAAGGUGGUGGUGUGAUGAGAACAUUUUCUAAGAAGAUGGUCAAACUUAGGAAUCUUGAUUUAAGUUACAACCAAUUACAGAAAGAUGUGCUAGCCACACUUGGUGCCUUGCCAUACCUUCAAAAUCUCCAACUAAGCUAUAAUCCUUCUAUUGAAGGUCCACUCACCAAUCAAGAUUUAAUUGGAUAUCAUCAUUUAGAAAUUCUAAACCUUGAUGGUUGUAGAUUAAAUGGAAGCAUACCUCAAAGUUUGUGUGAAAUGAAUAAACUUCAAGAGUUGGAUCUUUCUUACAAUCUUCUACAAGACAUCCCUAUCUGCCUAAACAAGUUGUCAUUUUUGAAGUAUUUCAAUGUCCAAAAUAAUCAAUUGAGUGGAAACAUAUCUUCAUCUCUAUUCAGAGAUCUCAACUCGUUGAAAUAUAUUAAUCUAAGGGAUAAUAGUCUACAAGGAUCUUUCUCUUUAAGAACCUUUGCCAAUUUUUCUAAGCUGGAAGAGAUAUUGAUAAAUAGUUACAGUAAUAAGUUGGUGAUAGAAUCUGAUCUAGUUGAUUGGGUUCCUAAGUUUCAAUUGAAGAAUCUUAAGCUAUCCAAUUGCAACUUGAAAGAAUUCCCCAAGUUUCUUCAUUACCAGAAGGAUCUUCGGUUCCUUGAUCUCUCUCACAACAAAGUAGAAGGUUCAUUUUCUAAUUGGUUGUUGGUAAACAAUACUAAGCUCGAUGUUUUAUCGAUGCGAGAUAAUAAUUUAGAUGACAAUAUAUUCUACAACUUGUUCAAUUGGAGUCUAGGAAGACGAAAUUUAGAAUCCAUUGACAUAAGCUACAGCAACAUGUCAGGUCAAAUUCCUCGGACGAUCACUGUCAUCGUAUGA